AUGGACAAGAAGACGGACGAGAUAGUCAAUAGACAUCAGCCACGAGGGGGUGGAACGGUAAGUUGCUUUGGACUAGUUCGUGAUAAAUUGGUGGUGCGGUCUGAGGAAAUUAAGAUGGGCAAGAAAGUUUAUGACCCUAUCCACGACGUUUUCCAAGACCAGGAAGAAAGUGAUUCUAAGAACAGUUCACCAGUCAAGACACAGAAUAUGCGUACUGCGAAGGAAGAAAGUACAAGCGCACACGAGCGAGCUGAAGGAAAGAGCGAUGUCGAAGACAACAGCGAAUCUAAUGACUCAACGGAAAGCGAAGAUAAUGCCAAUGCAGGAGGGGAAACUCACGAUGGAAACGUGUCGGUCGUGCCCUCGGUUGCGACGCACAAGAAGAGAAUGAAAGAGUCGAGUAAAUACAAUAGACACCUCAAGAAACCAGAUGGAGAGUUUUUUUCGAGAAAGGAUCUUCAGUUCCAUUUCCUGUAUCAACUGCUCAUUGAUAAGAGGCUACUUUUUACAAAUAUUUUCAAGGAUGUGUAUUCCAAGUCCGUUGUGCCUUUGCAGAUAGAAAAGGACAAGAUAGUCAAUGUCACUGAUUCGGAUUACGACGCCAGGACUUUCAUUUUCAACGACAAAUUGACUUUUUCACAAAUAUACAUAUUGGCGCUGGCAUCGUCAACCAAGUGUUCUAAAGUUCUUAGGGACAAACUGCUUCUUGACCAGCAGGUGGCAUUUUCUACCUGCAUUUUGGGAUUAUUGGUAAAUAUUGGACGGCUCAACACCACGAUAAACUUUUAUUUGGAAAUGACAUCACAGCUGAGGACAUUCCAUUCGGUACCUGUUCUGCAAUACAAAGUCACCGAUUUGAAAUCUUUACAGGACACACCGCGACUAAAAUCUAUCUUGAAAAAUUUGCCAGUAGGUAAUGAUCCUGUUGAUUUUUCUCAUAUCUACGAUUCAUCGAAUGGCACUACAGCGUUGCAGAAUUUGAAUGUUGUCAAUUUAUUAUUUGCCAUCUGCGAUAACGUGUCGUUGGUCAAUCUGAAGCUCAUUUCAAAAUAUGUCGAGACGAGGGGAGAAUCGAUUUCGUUGUUCAGUAUUUUGGAUUUUCCCUGGUACGAACCAAAAGAUAGAUGUAACGUAUUACUGUGGUUGCUUUAUAUACAUGCAGAGACAGAUUUAUCGGAAACAUCCAUAAGAGAGUCGAUCAAACUGUUCACAGAUGAGGAAAAGAUACCGCUAGAGCCAACAGAUAAGGAAUACGAUGAGGAUCCGAGGGAGGAGUACGAAUUUGGUAUGAAGCAAAAGGCUAAGAGGAAAGAAUUCUUGAAGAAAAUCAAAGAAUCAAAGAAAAAUGGCACUGAUAGUGAUGAAGCAAGUGAGGCAGAGGCGACGGAGCCAACGGAGCCAAUAGUUCCAAAAGACGUAGCGGAGAACAAAAAAGAUGGAGAAGCAUCUCGAAAGCGUGCUGUGGCAGACGAAACUGAAAUAGAGGAGCAAGCGAAAUAUCAACAACAGGAACAGCAAGAGCAAGAACUACAAGAACAGCACGGAAAGGAAAAAGAGCAUAGCAGCGAACUCGUCAAUUCGACGGAAGAAGCGAAUGGUGAAAACGAUCCAGUUAGUCGCUCGAUAAAAAACAUCAAGACAGAAACCAAUAACCGCAUAGAUAAACUUAUAGAAAUGGAUCAACAAAAAAUAGUAGGUAAAAUAAACAAUAAAGCAAAGACAGAAACGGACUUUUUGAAAGAUUUGGCACAUGCGCAAGAACCAGCAAAUUUAAAACGAAAAGAUUUAGGACUCAUCAAAGUAUUUAAUGAAUACGAAGAUAUACCAAUGGCAUCGGUGAUUGGUAUUCGUGGUAAAAAGAGGAAGAGAUUUAGGGACAGUGUAUUAGGAUUCGAAACAGAUUAUCUUAAAAGUUUCGCAGCGGCAAAGAAACUCUUGUUGAGGCCGAAAAAAUCACCUUCUUCUAAUGAUGAAACGAGAAUUUUUCUUUAA